AUGGGCCGACCGCCUAAGAAACGGACACGGACAGACGAUGAGGAGGUCGGCUUCCCACCCUUAUCUGGAGCUGAAAUUUGGCCAAGUCCAGAGGACUCGCAACAAUCUUCAUUAGGAAUGAGUCCGAAUAUAUCCACUUUCCCAGAUGCUGAUCAUAUCUGUCCGCAAUUCUUCUGGCGCCCUGGUACGAACACAAAUUUGCCACAGUCCCAGCCCGCAGAUCUAUUGUCAGGUUAUGAUGACCACAACCAUGCUUGGAAGCCACACCGUCUCAAACAACCCAAUCUUCCUGUUUUCCCAUCAUCUUCUCCUUGGCCAGAUUUCUCGGCCGUCUCCGAAGCCACUGCUAUGCCAAUGCCACUGCCAUUCCCUAACCCCUCAACGUUCCCACCCACGCUUCCACUCUCUCCAGCCACCUCCGUUUCCUCCGACUCCGCAACACCUGGGUGUACGUGUCUGUCAUAUCUCUACCUAAGUCUUAGCCACAUGACAUCAAUCUCCUCCUUCCCCGUCAGCUCCCACACUCUAUGCUCGCUUUAUAUCGCUGCACGAACAGCGCGAGACGUGAUCCGCUGCCAAGUUUGUCCCAAGGCCUUCUCGACGGGGUUUCAAAAUAUCAUGUUCUUAGGGACUCUAUUAACAGUUGUCGCGGACUCGUGGCUGCGCGUCUCGCAAGCCGAUGCUAUGGACUUGGGGAUGCAGACCGCGCCUCCACACUUCGCGUCUGAGGUGCACCAAAGCCCUAACCCAGCACAAGUUUGGAAAUCAUGGCUCCACCAAGUGGUUCGUCGCGCUGUCAUUGGUGGUCCCGUUGAGCCGGGUGCUAUCGUCGCUUGUUCUGAGCAGCCAGAUCUGCUGUCCAUGAUUGGGGAACUCGAGAGUCGGCAACGCCGCUGGCAUGAGCCUGGGCAACAUCCACUUGGACAAAACCCACUUGGACAGUGGAACACAAUGUCCUCCUUGUCGGAUCCACUUGGGUUAGAAGAUAAGGAUGAGCCCGAUGAAGCUAAGUUUUUGUGCCUUCGUGUGGUUGGAAGUUCCAGGGAAGUGAUCACAAAAUUCAACUUUGAUCCUUCAGAAUAUCCCGAGGGCGUUGAGCCAGUCACUGCGGGCAACAAAGUGCAUACGGGUGCACAUCAUGCAUGA